AUGGCGGCCACAGCAGCUCCAGGUGGGCAGUUCAGCUAUGCCAAAAAACUCUACCGCUUCAGGGAACGAGGUGGCCAGGCGGUUUCGGCCAUGGUUGCCAGUCAAAACGAUGUGGUGGAGAAGAACAACAAGGCUAUCCACCAGUUUAGCUUCUCAGAUGGAAGCCCUCGAGACAAGAAAAACCGGGACAGGCGGUUUUCUGAAGCUGCUCCGGGAAAGGCCCCGCCGGUGGACUCCAAAGCACUUGCAGCAGAUAUCGACAGCGUUUCCACCCUUCUUGCAGACAAGCAAAGAAGAAUCAUUGCGGGCGUGGACACGGAUCACAUGGGCGGUGGGUUUUCCGCAGGAAAAUCUGCCGAGGUGCGAAAGGACGAUGACGAGGAGGAGGGGCAAAGCCUGCACUCCAGGCUGCAAUACUACAGGAUGCACCGGAAGUUCGAGGCUCCUCCUCCACCGUUGGAGCCUUUGGAUGGCACCUACCUCAAAGCUCCCCGAGAGGUAGACAAAAUGGAGAUGAAUCUGAAAGACCACAGGAUUGGCUGGAAGCGAGACGCGCUGGCCAGAGCUCAGCACUGGAAUCACGAGACGCGCGAGCGGAUCCUCUCUGCGCGGCACCGCCGAGACGAGGUAGCUGUGAAGCACGAAUCGACCCUCCUCCAGCAGAUUGCUGUCAAGGAGGAGCGAGCGCCGUCGCGAGUGGAGGCGAAUCGGAAAGCGCAGGUGGAGCGCUUGAAGCUGAAGUCCGUUGCUCGCGAGGAGCGCCUGGAGCAGGUCAGGCAACGGAAGUACGAGGAGCACAGGCUGCGACAGCAGGAGCUGCGAGAGCAGCUGGAGAACAGCGGAUUGAAGCGGAGCAAGCUCGAAAAUCCCUCUUACGACGCAGCUCUGCAGAGUGCUCCCAACAAACAAGAAGGCUCCCUGGAGGAGAGCCUCCAGGAAGAGGGCGCCUCUCAAGAAGAGGAGAAAGCGGAGGAGGAGAAGGAGACAGUGGACUGGUUUGAGUCCUUUAAGGAGGAGGACGAAGAGAAAGCGGAGGAGGAAGAGGAGAAGGAGAAAAGAACUUUGAAGUCUUAA